AUGGCCUCCAUCGCGGCCCUUCUCGCAAGCUCCGCGAAGCUACAGGACUUUGAACAUCGAUACGAAGAAAAAUAUGAUCGUCAAAUACGGGAUCUGGUUGCCUCUCUUCAUCGAUCUUUAUCUAGUAACGCCCUCAACUUUGCUGCCAAUGACCCGACUAUCCUAGAUAACUUUGACCCUGCCGCCGAUUCAAUCACUUACCUCUUUCUACUGCGACUGCAGAUCCAGACCUUGCAAGAAACAUCCCCAGACAAGUUGCCCGCAGACCUGCUUCCAUCCCGGGAGUUAUGGACAAAAUGCGUACGCUAUUUGAAAAACUUCAAUCCUACUCAGGUUCGAUAUGUCGGCCAUGAAUGGCGACAGCUUGUCGAGCUCGUGGCCCAAGCUGCGCAGGCUGCCUCCAAGCCAUUCCUUGCUACGCAAUUAAUCAAAGAUGCCAUGUUGCGGUUGGAUCCAUCCUGCGCCGUAUUCACGUCAACUCACCUCCUUCUCGUCCGUCUCUGUCUGCACGCUAAAGCCUAUGCUUGCAUCUUACCCGUUCUCAACAAGCACAUCUGUCAUUUCCCUGGAUCAACAGAACGCUUUCCCCACAAGUCUUCCCCGGUGUUAUGUGCCGACCAUGAAUCUAGUCUGGCAUUUAUCACUAACAGCUCCGGUCUAUCCGCUCCGCUGAGCUCCAGAGAUCUCUCGAGAUAUUUCCUGUACGGUGGAAUGGUCUACUUAGCACUCAAGAAAUGGAGCGAAGCUUCCCAUUUUCUAGAGCUUGCCAUGUCGGUGCCUACUACUGGUCCUGUUAGCAUGAUCAUGGUAGAGGCUUACAAGAAAUGGGUGUUGGUGGGCUUGUUGGAGACAGGCAAGCUUCGCCCGCCUCCUACUAUGAUAGCUCCGCAUGUGUACAAAACGUACCAGUCUAUUGCAAGGCCGUAUGUCAACCUCGCGCAUACUUUCGAGCUCCGCGACUUGAACCGAUUGAAUGCCGAGGUUGAUGCAGCUAAGCAUAUCUGGCGUGCGGAUAACAACACCGGUCUAGUCUCUCAGGUCUUGGAUUCAUUCACAGCACAUGCGCUAGCGGGUAUCAAAAGCGUAUUCGCCGCCUUGACUGUGACUGAGCUCUCAGAGCAAACAUCUUCACUACCGGAGAAUACCGACGUGGCCGAGUCGGUCAUUGCUUCCCUCAUCAUGUCUGGCUCUGUAUCUGCAACGUUGGUACACACUCCUGGUCAUUCCGAAGGCACGAUGCUACGAUUCCCAAGUGCCCAUCCCUCUUCUCAAUUGCAUGAACUUCAGGUACAGGGUAGGCUUGCGAGAGAAAGUCAGACCCUGGAGGCCCUUGUCGCGAGCGUUAAGAAGAGUAAUAAUGAUAUAGGGCUGGGUGAUGAGUUCAUUGAUCAUAUGCAAAAGAGUCAGGUUUGGAAUGGUUCUGGGACGGACUAUUCAGUAGCAGAGGAAGAGAGUAGAUUUGAGGUUGAUGAGGAUAUUAUGGGUGAUCAAAUCUAG